AUGAUGAAUUUAUGUCAAUAUACUUCUGUCCCAAACCAUAGAAUUACGAUACCAAGAGUGAAUUCUAAGGUUUUAAAGGACUUAUUGCCAGGCAAAAAGGGAGUAAAGAGAAAAGUUGAAGGAUAUCCUUGUAAAUUCACGGCCUGGCUCUUGUUUGCACCAAAUGACAUCCCAGCCAAAAGCUGUGAUGUUGUCAGUAGACUCCUGUUGCUCUGUGAACACCAUGGAGGUAUUGCACUGGGCCCAGAAGUGUUAACAUACUCUGUGUUUCAAUCAGCAAAUGGUGGUGGAGACGAGAGCCCAAUGCUCACAUGUGCUACCCCAGGAAACCUUUCCAUCUGUGGACACCCUCCAUCUCUGUUUACAGAUCAUGGAGCAUUAACCAAAUUCAACAUAUUAACUCUGUACUUAAGGCCUUCCUCUUCAGAAGUAAUUCCAGGGUUUGAAGCUGCCGUGGACCCAAAAGCUGGUGAUUCAGGUCACAAUGCCAAGUUUCACUUUGGUGAACUUGGCUCACCAGAAAUCACUGAAAUGGUCACAUUCAUUGAAAGAUUCGUGACAGAAGACAUGCAGGGGCCCCACGAGUCCCAGGGUGGCCACCUGCCCCCAGAAACCUGCGUGCUGACCAGGCCAGGUGGCGAGGCCUUGGCUUGCUUGUUUGCAGGACAGCGAGAGCACUUCUGUCGUCUUAAAGGUUUUUCUGAUUGA